AUGAACAUUAAUGACGAUCAGCUUAACAUGUCCAUCCAGUACUGCUUUCCUGACAACAACUCAUCUUGCAGAAAGGAGCUCCAUACUGCCACCAACCUGCUCAUCCUCUCUCUGGCUGUGGCGGAUCUUCUCGUGGGUCUGUUUGUUAUGCCUGUGAAAAUAAUGGAGCUAAUUGACUCCUGUUGGUAUCUUGGAAAAAUUGCAUGCUCAGUUGCUCCAAUGAUCAAUAGUCUCUCGAUGUCAGCAUCUCUCUGUAGCCUGGUUUUCAUUGCAGUUGACCGGUACAUUGCUGUCAGUGACCCUCUACUGUAUUCUACGAGAGUCACAGUUUGUAAAAUGUCUGUGUUCAUCAUCAUGGGCUGGUCUUUCUGUCUAUUUUAUGUCAUUAUCUAUUUGUACACUAAUGAUCACCUUCUUCUAUCUCAGAUAUCCAGUGGAUGUUAUGGGGAGUGCGUCUUAUUCGUCAAAUAUUCCUGGGUGAUUAUUGACCUGGUUAUUUUUUUUGUAGCCCCUUGCUUUAUUAUACUGGUCUUGUAUUCAAUCAUUUUUAAUGUGGCAAGACGUCAAGCUAAAGCUGUUAGAGCUGUGGCAAAUGGUGCCUCAAAAAAACAGGGAGCCAAACCUUCAAAUUCUUCUGAAACCAAAGCAGCGAAAACAUUAGGAAUUGUCAUUUUUGUUUAUCUUGCUUGCUGGAUACCAUUAUAUAUAGGUUCUCUCUCAGUUGAAAGUGUCACAUCUUUGUCAAUGGUGUGGACUGUGCUUGGAUGGCUGCUAUACAUUAACUCCUCUCUGAAUCCACUGAUAUAUGCCAUUUUCUAUUCAUGGUUCAGAGAAUCAGCUAUGUAUAUUUUAACUUGUAGAAUAUUUGAAUCCUCGUCUUCAAGGUUUAAUUUGUUUCCAGAUUGUUUUUAA